AGCCUCUAAGCACUAUGAAUGGAAUAGCAAUGUAUUUCUGCAUUUCAGUUCACAUUGCUUUGGAGCUUUGGUAUAAAACUCAGCCUGCUAUGCAGAACUAGCUGCUCUAAUAACUGCUCUCUCUCUGUCUCUCUCUGUCUCAAAUACACAAUCUGCACACAUGGUAAAAGACAUACAGCUAAUAGUUGGUUCAUGUUGUGUUGAAAAUGCUUGCAGUAUUUGAAAGAAACAAGAAACAGUUGCAGAGAUGGUUGGCUCAGUCUGUUCUCCCUACAAAAGUAUUACAGAUGUUUUCCUUACAGUGUUGUCUUUAGCCACUCAGAAUGCCAGACAUACCCUCAAAUCUCUUUUCUAACACAUCUCUAUUGUUGUUUUGUCUCAGAAGUCAAAUGAACUACUUCUUAAAUUAAUGAAGUUGUCGUUUAAAUAGAAUAAAACCACACGUUUUACGAUGUUUUAAAGUCAGUCUCCAUAGUCCAACUGGUUUGGGGUUACACUGGUCUAAGGUAUUUCAAAGAAAAGAGAAAGAAAAUAGGUAGGUAGACAAAGAAAAGCUGAAGGGGGUGUCUACCGAAUGCCUCACUGUGUAAAAGCCUUUGAACCUACCAACUACAGAGAGGGGUAAUGGCGUUAGACGCGGUUAAUUUACAUAUGUUUUUUUUAUUAGGUCUACUAAAACUCGUGGGUUUUCUCUUUGAAAUUCGGAUUUGAGGCAAUAAGCCUUCAGAAGUGAUAUUGUGUUUCUUGACAGUAUUUAAAAUGGUUGAAUCCUGAGCACUCAAACCCCUUUUUACCCAGAGUUGGUACAGUCCCGGACUCAGACUUGUGGAUGCUAAAUCAGUGUACCUUCUUCCACACGGAGGGAAGACGGCUGAGGUGGAGGCGUAACAUUGUUGAGGAGGAAGACAAACAGCAACACAGGGACCGGCAGGAGUGUACAUAUAAAAUAUAUUUUUGGUUUUGCAUUUCUAGAUACAUUUCUUUUGAGGUUUCGUCAUGAUAGUUUGUUAGCCGUUAAAAGGAAGAAAAUAGUUGUUCUUGUCGUGAAAAGUGCUCACUGAAUGGGACUCCAAAGGUUAUUCUCUGUGUCUGGGUAAGUCCUAUUUCUUCCGGUUUAACCAUCCCGAGGAGGCAAGCAGAAUGAAGAGCAUGCUUCCACAAAAGAGCCCUGUGUCCGCUUUAGCCUACAACACAGACUACCUGAAGUUUAGCAGUGACUAUAGCCAUGCGGUGGUGGGCGGCACAAGCAGCGCUAGGGGUAUGCGAUCAGCCUCCGAGCUGCGGGACUUAAUGGACACCCUGCAGCGCAAGAAGAUUGCCUUGGAGAACAGCCUGAGAGCCAACGGGAAUGCUAACCCCUCCUAUCUCAGCAUGACACAGUCUCCCCCAACUACACCAAUCACAAGUCCUGCCACAUCCUCAUCAGCCUCAUCAUCCUAUCAGGAACAGGCAAGGCGUUUCUAUGGGUCAGAUCGCCCGCCCAUGUCUUUGAAGUCUGCUCCCCCUCCUUCCCCCGGACGACGAUCCGACCCAUCUUCCUCUCUGGGCUCCCGCACCUCUAUCACUCGCAACCAGGACAACUUCGGCGUUAGCGAUAGCCGUCGGCUGCACAACCUGGGCUCCUCUCCUAUAUUGUCCACAUGGAAUGGUGGAGGCUCCUCCAUGUCUGUUGAUGGUAGCAAUAGCUUCCUCCUCUCUCUUCCUCCCUCCUCCUCAUCCCGCACUCCUUCAACAGGAGGUGCAGCCAGCAUGCCCUCAAGUCCCCGUCUUGGCCGCCGUAGCUAUGGCAACCAAGAGCCAUUGCCCAGCAGUCGAACAAGGAAAUAUUCAGCAGGCUCACUGAGUGGGAUGAUGGGAGGUGGGCACAGCCGCUCGCUGCCACGCCUCUGCCCCUCCUCAUCUCCCCGUGACAGCAAUAACGGAGCCCUGACUUUGUCAGCACUGCCUCCAAGGCGAUCCGAUGUUGCUGGAGGUUACAAAUAUAGCAAAGACCAUUAUAACAACAGCCAAAAUGCCAGCCCUGACCUCAACCACAACUAUAGUAACUCCAGCCAGCUUUCCUCCAACAAGAAUCCAAUCCAGCUCUCAACUCAAGGAGAAGGUGUUGUGUCUAUCUCUCUUUCCUCUCCUAAGAACUUGCCCUCCACCAUCUCUUCCACAAUCGCACCACCUGAUGUGACCAUUCCGUCGAAGGCGGGGGGCUCCUCUUCUCCUCGUGUAGCCAAGAAACUUAGCCUGACCUCCACUAGCUCUGUGGGCUCCAUUAGCUCCACAAGUUCCAGCCCUCCAGAAGUGGAGCGGCUGGCUAGCCAUGCGGUCUCUCCAGGAAUGGAGCUGUAUUUGGGGGAGAGGGAGAGGCAAGGGGUAGGCCUAGAACUCACAAGUACCCCAGGGCUUGGACUUGGAGAGCGGAGGUCUUCAUUUGGGAAGGCCGGGCUGGAAUCUGGGAUGGGGCUGGGCGAGAGGAGGCAGUCCUUUGGAAAGGCAGGAGUGACCCCACCAGGGGGUUUCAGGGAAAGAAGGGGGAGUAUCAGCUCAUUAAGUGGGAAGGAGGAACUGACCGACUACCACCAUCGGCAAAAAGAGGAGAGACUCCGUGAGCAGGAGGUGGAGAGACUGGAGCGUCAGCGACUAGAGACCAUCUUGUCUCUGUGUUCAGAGCUGGGCCGGCCUGAGAGAGAUGGAGGUGGCACAGCUACAAGUCCCAUCUCAGCCGUGGCAGAUCUUCAAAAGAUCAACCAGGAGCUUGAGAAGCUUCAACUGAACGACAACGAUGACGACUGCCGAUCUGUCUUUUCGGACUCUUCAGCUGUUAAUGGAAUGACAGGGAAUGGACACAUGGCCUUCCCUGGAUCAGAGAAUGGUUACUAUGAUGAUGAUCUACAGGUACGACGGAGGCGCAGCAGCGGCCACCGAGACAGUCGGGCAGAAUCCCCCGCUAUCAGCCUGCGAAGCUUCGCCCCCUCACCUUCUCCACGCACACAGAGGACCAAUGAGGCUCUAGAUGAUGCAGCUCGUCGCCGCGGACAGGAGGUGAGGCCUUCAGAGGAGGAAGUGAGGCGAGUGGAAGAGGAGAGGAUCCAGGUGCUGAACAACAUGGAGGAGCUGGAACAAAAGAUCAAAGAGCUGGACAACCAAAUGGACGAAUCUGCCCGAGAGGUGGAAGUUGAGCAAGCUCUGGUGGAGGCUGAGAUGGAGUCGGAGGUAGCUGCCCUACAGCAGGAAAAAGAUGCUCUGGAAGGACUUCACAACAAGAUGGCUGAACUGGAGACCAAGUCCCAGCAGGAAAAAGAAAAGGCAUGCGAGUUGCUGCAGGCAGAAAGGGGCAGAGUAGAGAGGUUGGCUCAGAUUGUAUGUGAGCAGCGCUCCCAGCUGGACAGCUGCCCUGAGGCCACCAAGGAGCCCCUGCAGGAGCAGUUGGCCAGGGACUGUGAGGUGCUCGAGGCGGAGACGAAGCGUUUUGAGGACCUGGAGUUCCAGCAGCUGGAGAGCGAGAGCAGGCAGGACGAGGAGAAGGAGACCCAUACGCAGCGGCUUCUCCGGGAUAUCGCAGACUACCAGCGGAGCACUGUCACUCGCAAGGAGCGACUGUUAACUCUGAAAAAGCAGGCAGUACAGAUUACCCAUCAGGCUCAGAGAGAGAAGGAGAGCUUCUUGAAGGAGAGGAGCAACCUCGAAGCAAUGCUGCAAAGGGAGAAAGAAAACCUCACCAGGUUGGAAAGAAAAUAUGCUGACCUCACUGGUGGCCGGGGUUUCACUCUAAGAGAGGGCUAUGUCACAGUCAGUGAAAUCAAUGAGCUUUACUCACAGCUUGGGGGGGAUCCUAAACCCGCCCCUACCCCCACUCUGGCCACUGUCUCUCCUGUGUCCGAGGCAAACCCCUCCCCUGACGGCGACCUCCCUAAACCACAGGAGGAUGAGCAUUUCCGUUUGCUGGAGGAGAGGAAGAGGUCUGACAGAGAAGGCGGCUCCCAUCUAAGUGACACAUUACCCAGGAAGAAAACCACACCCACCAUGAACCCCCAGUUCACGUGUGCAACGCUGGGACGCAGCUUCCCUAACAAGUCCCAUCAGCCCCUGGUACAGAGCACAAGUUGUGGCAGCAUUCUUCCAAGAAUUCUCUCCUUAUCCAACAAGGAAACUGAAUCUCGACGUCUGCAUAAAGGUCAGACUGGCUCCCGAGCAGCUUCCCAGACCAACAUCUACCUCGAUGCCUUUGGGUACCAUGACAACCAGGCCUUUGACACAAUGAGUGUGGAUAGUAGCGACUCCAUUGAAACCAGCAUCUCUGCUUGUUCACCUGACAAUGUCUCCAGUGCCAGUACUUCAAAUGUGGCCAAGCUAGAGGAGAUGGAGCGUCUGCUGAGAGAAGCCCAGGCAGAGAGGAAAAGCCUCCUCGAACACAAGGAGCGAGAGAUGGACAUGCGGAAGCAGGCACUGGAGGAGGAAAGGAGAAGAAGGGAGGACCUGGAGAAAAGGCUACAAGAGGAGACGAACAGACGCCAGAAACUCAUCGACCGUGAGGUGAAACUGCGAGAGAAACAGAGGGCACAGUCCCGGCCACUAACACGGUACCUGCCGGUGCGAAAGGACGAUUUUGACCUGCGGGCUCACAUUGAGUCGGCAGGCCACAGCACAGACACAUGCUUCCACUUGUCCAUCUCUGAAAAGACCUGCCGUGGCUACUUGGUCAAAAUGGGAGGCAAAAUCAAAACCUGGAAGAAGCGCUGGUUCGUCUUUGACCGCAACCGACGCACACUCUCCUACUAUGCAGACAAGCACGAAGCCAAGCUGAAAGGAGUCAUCUACUUCCAAGCUAUUGAAGAAGUGUAUUAUGAUCACUUAAAGAAUGCACACAAGAGCCCAAACCCCUCCCUGACCUUCAGUGUAAAGACUCAUGACAGAGUCUACUACAUGGUUGCUCCCUCUCCUGAGGCCAUGAGGAUCUGGAUGGAUGUGAUCGUCACAGGAGCUGAGGGAUACACCCAGUUCAUGGUGUAGUUGGAGGGGCAGGAUAUGCCAACGUGCUACGACUCUGUGGUUUUAAAGCCUAUGUUUUCUAUUCCUUUUUUUUCUGUCCUUGGAACUUUUUAAAUGUCUGGAUGCAUACUAUUGUCAUCUAUGCUGAAAAAUCAAAACAGCUUCAGCUGUGUAGAGAUUCAUUUUGUACCAUUUUAUCUGCCUCACUUGCAAGAUGGGCAGGGUUUAGAAUCAUAUGUGGAUCGUUCAUGUGAAAAAACUCUUAAAAAAUGCAUUUUUUUAGGCAAUCUGGUUCCUUCCCAGAGAAGUAAUGGAGUGUAAAAGCUCUAAAAUGUGCUAUGGUGUACCUUGGAGUGAGUUCAGGUAUGCCUCGAGGUUUUAAUUAAGUGUAAAGCACAUUAAUGUGAAAAAAAGUCCCAUUUUCUUCAGAGCAGAGCAGAUUUAGCUCAGCUUUUUACGAAGGAUGUUUUAUAAAAAGUUAGUAUUGGAAUGCUGAGUGAACCAGUUUGAGCUCUAUAUUAUGUUAUUAUGCUAUAUUAUUAUUAUUAUUAUUAUUAUUAUCUCGCCGUUAACAUCAGCUAGGAAUACAUACGUUGUGUUUAGAAUUGCUAAGUGCCACACAAAGCCAAAACAAUUCUAACAUGUUGUGGAAGAAUCUCUUUGUCAACUUUCUGAUGGGUUUAAGCAUUUUUAGACAGUUUCCUGUAUCCAGAGUAAAUAAUGCAUAUUAAUUUAGUAAAGGUAGUUGAGCAAGCGUAUUUUAACUUUCAACUCUUCAUUCUCAGGUCUUAACUGUGUGCAUGGAUGUACAUGCAUGCAUCGUGUGACCAUGUGUGAAUUUAGACACGUGUGUUAAAGAAGUGCCUAGUGUGCAUACCCUGUGCACACAUCUUUUUACUGUGAGCUUCUAGCGUAGCUCCAAGGUGCUAUUCUUACAUGGUGACUGACACUAAUAAUCCAAGCCACGCCCUGAAACAAAACAUUUAAAUUGGAGUGUAUUGAUACACUUAUUAUGGUGAAUGUUAUUUGUAAAAUGUAUUACUGUGCUGGGUUUACAAUAGUGUCACCACAGGCUCAGAAAUGAAGCUAAAACAUGGUGUCAGGCGACUUGUUAAUUUUUAAAAAGCAUGGAAUAAGGACUUGUACUAAGGCACAAAAUUGUGAUAUUUAUAGAUUGUGUUGUAGUUAGUUUUGACUUAGUCAUCACAGUUAUGAUCCAUUAUCAACUCAAGACUCAUCAUAUUUUGUGUGACAGUAUUUUGAUAUUCAUAUUAUCUAUAUUUUUAAGAGCUACAUAUAUCCAUAUAAUAAAUGCCAAACUGUCUGAUGACAAAACACACAAAUGUGGAAAUAUGAGUGGUUUUGUGAGAAAGAGCACCUUGUAGGAUUAAGUUGUCUUUUAAGGUGUCCGCCGGAAAGAAUCUAUGGUACAUGCACUCACUUAAGAGGCCUUUAGUCAACAAAACAGACUAUUAUAGUGCGGCUUUGGUCCACUAGCUUUCAUUUUAUUGCUUUUAUUACCACUAAUUCAAUGUUAUAGUUAAACUGAUUAUUCCACAUUGAUCACUAAAGAUGCUUUUAUAUUUAUAUAUUGUGUAUCAAACUUCAUACUUCGUCUGAAUAAUUCAGUCCACUGACCGGUGCAUUUAUGAUCUUUUUGCUUUGUUAUUGACCAAAGUACAUGUUUAUGUGUAAUAAUGUAAUGUAUAUGUGUUUUUUUUGCUUUUUCUCUUUAUUCAGUACGCAAUUGUCUCUGUGUCUACAUGACAAGCACAUGGUAUUUUUCCACCACUAUAACAGUGGAAGCUUCCAUGAGCUUAAUUUUUUCCAGUUUCUUUUAUAAUUAUUUUUUGUAUGUUGAUCCUACUGUAUUUAUGCCAUUACCAAUGCAUGUUUCUGCAUUUUGUAUUUCCAUAUGAAUAAUAAAAAGGAUAUAUUUUAUCUUUAA